UGUCAGUGGCAGUGCGUCUUUGUCUUCAUCUCAAAGCGUAUUUUACUUGCAAUAUUUGCAUUUCGUAUUUGUUUCGAUAGGAGCACAUCUAAACAUCUCGAGUAAGACGUUUUGAGCACAAAAGUAUAACUUUUGAGAGUGAGAGAUGGAGACGAGUGCCGCGUCUGGCAGCAUGUCGCCGGCGCGCGUGAAGCUGGAGCCCGAAACGGACCAGUGGGAAAUGGCCCCUGUGAAGGAAGAAGCUGUAUUCCUGGAUGAAGAGAAGCGCGUGAAGGAGGAGUGGUCGGACAGCACGGCCGGGUGCGGCGUGAGCGAGGGAGCCAUGCUGGCCGACUUGUACACCAAGCACGAGGUGAAGGACGAGCUCGUGCUGGGGCCGGAGCGCCCGCACCGCCCCGUAGUCGCCCCGGCCGCGCUAUAUAAUCGUGUCGCAGCGUCCGCUCUCGCGUCCGCCGAGCCCGCACACACACCCAGUGCCAUCGCCACCGUCUAUCAGUGUCACCAUUGUAGCCAACUGUUCUGGGAUAAGCUGUUUUUAAAGAAACACGUAAACACUCACUCACCUUUACAUCAUUCAAAAACAGAAAAUUGUGGUUCAAAACGACAUCAAACACACACAGAUAUACAGACUCGUCUGAGAACUCACACAGACGAUAAACCUUUCUGGUGUACUCAAUGUGACUACAAGUGUAAACGAAAACCAGAUUUACAGAGGCACCUGAUGACUCACACUGACAAGAAGCCUUUUAGUUGUAGCCACUGUGACUACAAGUGUAGAAGCAAAGCACGAUUAAAGUCUCACCUGAUGAUUCACACUGACGAUAAGCCUUUUAGGUGUACUCAGUGUGACUACAAGUUUAGACGAAAACCAGAUUUACAGAGGCACCUGAUGACUCACACUGACGAGAAGCCUUUAAGUUGUAGCCACUGUGACUACAAGUGUAGAAGCAAAGCAGAAUUAAAGUCUCACCUGGUGACUCACGGCGACGAGAUGCCUUUUAAUUGUAGCCACUGUGGCUACAAGUGCAAACGAAAACCUCAAUUACAGGUUCAUCUGAUGACUCAUACUGACAAGAAGCCUUUUAGUUGUAGCCACUGUGACUACAAGUGUAGACGAAACGUUGAAUUACAGGCCCAUCUGAUGAUUCACACUGAAGAGAAGCCUUUUAAUUGUAGCCACUGUGACUAUAGGUGUAAAAGAAAAUCAUUUUUACGGAACCACCUUAUGACUCACACAGACAAAAAGCCUUUUAGUUGUAGCCACUGUGACUACAAAUGUAAACGGAAAUAUCUAUUACGGACACACCUGAUGACUCACACUGACGAAAAGCCUUUUAGUUGUAGCCACUGUGACUACAAAUGUAGACGAAAAGCACAUUUAAAGUCUCAUCUGAUUUCGCACACCAAAGAGGAUCGAGUAUAGUGUCACUAUCAAAGUAAAAUGUGUAGUCACAGUACAUAGACUGACAUGACUCGACACAGGCAUAAAACUUUUGAACUUCAGUUUUGAAAUUUUAACCCAUAUUCUUAAGAGGCCUUAUUCCCUAAAUACCGCUCAUACUUUUUCACUGUGAUGUAACGUAAAUGAGAUUUUGUGAGUGCGUUUAGUAAAACGUCCCACUUUGUUGGUUACCAUUAAGGCGAGAUUUACUUGUAUUUGUAUAUGAAUGAACUGAAAAAGGGGCUUUGUAGCGAUCGACAUUAUCUCCCUGUUACUUGCUUUGACAGGGCUAUUGUGACAUAAUAACAUACAAUUUAGAUAUACCUUAGUGACUUGUAUUAAGGAAUCUCAAAUUCUCAACUGAGCAAUCACUCGAAAUUGACUAAUUAAACUGAACUAUUUUCCUAUUCUGAUCCUUUUGUAGGGUGUAAACAUAGAUAUAAAAAAGACAUUUAUGCUAUUUUGCUCAGUGAAAACGAAAAUUUUAAUGAAACUUAAAUGGAUAAUAAAAAAAAACAGAACCUAAAUCAGUAUUAAAAUAAAAUCAGUAUUAGAGUAGGUAGUACUACUUUUGUAUAUUUUAACUGUUUCGUAACCUAUACUGGGUACUAGGGGAAUGCUAUUUAUUGGGCAUGGUCUGGUGGGUACUUUUGUAAAUUCUUCACGUAAGUUUUGUUGGUGUCUGACUUAUGGGUAUUUAUACUAGUAUUCUAAUGAAUUAAGUAGGUGGAUAGCUAUUGAAGCCUUAAAUUACGUAAUUAUAAGAAUACUUAAUCAACAACCUGUAUGUACUUUAGUCGUUCGAGCAUUUGUGUGUAUUGCACAUCUUAAUUGUUUAUAUAACAUUUGUUAAAUUAAUUCUUACAAAAUGUAAUUUAAUGGAUGACUGUUAUUGGCCUUCUUAUAUGCAGUAGUAUGUCUUAGUUAUAUUUACAGCUGUUGUUAACCUGAAUACCAAUAAAAUAAAUAAAUAAAUAAAUUUUAGCAAAAAAAUGUUUUUUUUUUUCACGUGUAUAUUAUAACACUCAAUCAAUUCAAGUUUUGACUCUUACUCAAAUUAAGAUCAAAGUAUUACAUAUAAUCAACAGUUAGUUAAAAUUACCUAUACUUUCUUCAUAAUUUGAUUUGAAGUAUUUUACCUAGGCGUAAAGCCUCUUAAAAUGUCAAAUAUUACUAGCGCCAUCUAGUCGAGAGUCAACCAAAAGAGUAACGCCAUCUAGGCCACCGUACCUUUUUCUUAACAGUACAAUUUUCUUAGACUUUAUCUGCAUAUACGGAGUUACAUGUGUCUUUACUCACACUAACGAGGAGCUUUUGUAGCCGCUGCGACUACAAGAGUAGAAGAGGAGAACAGUUAGGGCUCACCUGUGGAGCGCCCUUCAUGUAUGUAUACUAUGUGUAGUGAGACUUCAAGUGCAGCAGGAAAUGAGAGUUACGGCCACACCUGUUGAAUCACUCCGGUGAAAACUAUUCAAGUUUCAAUACACAUACUAUAAAAAUUGUAUGCCUCAUAGAAAUUUUACGUUUAGCGAGAUUUUGUUUUCAUUCAUUGUUCUGAAUAAGUAGUUACUGUAGCCUCCAUAAAGAACAGGUGAUAUGGUUGGAUUUAUGUUAUUUUCUGUAUAAAGCAAUAUAAAUUAUCAGCCUGUCUAAAUGUUUGAUAUGUGUAAUAGCUAACAGUUCAUGCAGCGAUAGCAUACUAGCGUUUAAGCAAGUUUCUAAAUAAAACAUA